CCUCUCUUUCCCAUUUCCCAUUUCUCUCGAGCGAAAGAAAACCCCAGUCCCUUCGAUCUGUCUAAGCAUGGUGAUGAGAAAUGCACUCAGUAAUGGCGGUCCUUUGAGAGGACAGAGGAGUAGAAAGGUUCAUACUCGGUACGUCUUUCACCGGUAUUACCUUCCUCUCUUUCCCAUUUCCCAUUUCCAUCUUACGAAAACCCUAGCUCCUUCGAUCUCUCUAAGCUUGGGGAUGAGAAAUACUUGCAGUAAUGGCGGUCCUUUGAGAGGACAGCGGAAUAGAAAGGUUCAUGUUCGGUACGUCUUUCACCGGUGUCACCGAAGCAAGCCAUCUACUCGUCUUCUGCGCCGAAUACUUGGAAGAUCCGUCCAGAAGGCCAUCUCUACCUCGAGGUUGGGAUUUGUGCCAGCGAUGUCGUCUUGCUCGUCGACGGGCUCCAACUCUCCGCGGGACAUUAUGUGGAAUGCAGGGCCAUCAAAUCAGCCCAACCAUAAUGAAUUUAGCGAUGACUCUGAUGAUGAAUAUGAGCUCGCAGCCGUCGUUGUUGUGUUGUGGUAUUACUACAUGUACAUGAGUAGACCACUACCUCGACCGAAGCACACGUCCACCUUCACAGGUAUAAUGUGUGUCGAGUACUUGCUUGAUGGACAUGAAGACGUAAUUAGGGCCAAGAUUAGGAUGGGCAGUGAAUGUUUUAAGCGUCUUAGUUCAUUGCUUGAGCUUCAAGGAUAUCUAAGACCUACUAGGAAUAUGAAUGUGGACGAGCAGCUUUUUAUUUUCCUAUACAUUGUGUGCCAAAAUUCAAACAACAGGGAAUCACAGGAUCAAUGGCAGCAUUCGGGUGCUACCAUCUCUAAGUACUUCAAGCUCGUGUUAAAGGCGUUGUGUAAGCUCCGCGUUGACUUCAUAAAACCACCGAAGUUCAACAUUAUCGAUCCAAUGCUUGCGGCACAUGGAAGCAAGUAUUUGCCAUGGUUUCAGAAUUGUAUUGGAGCUCUUGAUGGGACUCACGUCCCUUGCGUUCCACCACGUGCGGACCCUGAAGUAUGGAGAAAUAGGAAGGGUUUCUACUCUCAAAAUGUGUUAGGGGUCUGCUCCUUCGACAUGAAGUUCACGUACAUGUUAGCUAGAUGGGAGGGAUGUGUCCAUGAUGCUCAGGUGCUUGCAUCUGCAACGGCGACAUUGGCCAAAAAAUUCCCAUAUCCACCCAACGGUAAAUAUUACUUGGUAGACUCUGGUUACACUAAUAAUGAUUGUUUCUUGGCACCCUACCGGGGGAGCACUUACCACCUUCAAGAGUAUAAGGCAAGGCGUGGUCAUCCUCAAAGUGAGCGUGAGUUGUUUAACUACACGCAUUCGUCCUUAAGGAAUUGUAUCGAGCGCACUUUCGGCGUCUGGAAAGGGUCAAUGAAUGCAUAUACAGUCGUCAAUGUUUUGAAUGCGGCGAAAAAAGCUGCCACACAACCAGAAGAGGAAAAGAAGGGUAGAGGGGACUCGGAUGAAGUCCAGGAUGCAAAAGCCAAUAGAAGCAGACGGUCUCAGGGCCCUAUUACUCGAUCCAAGAAGAAGUGCAAGAAGAAGGCUACAGUUGACGAUGCUAUAGAGGCUUUGGCAAAGAGUGCUACCCUACGCAGUGAGACAUCUGUUCAAAAAGUUGUUUUGUUUCAGCAAUAUUUAGCUGAUAGGCAAGCCCAUACUAUGGCGGCAGCCGAGGCUCAGAAAGAGGAUCCUACUACAAGUAUUGAAACAUGUAUGGAUUUACUGAAUGGGUAUAAUGAGUACUUAGACGACGAUGCGUAUAUUAAGGCAGCAGAGAUAUUGGCUAUUGACAUUUCCUUUAGGAGGAUAUUUGUGAAAAUACCUACUCAUCGUCAUCUUUCAUGGAUUCGAAGCCUGUAAUUUAUUGGAUUAUUUAUUUAUGUUGUUUUCUUUAUUUUUUUCCUCUCAGACUUGUAUUUUUUCUUUAAGUAUUGUUGAAUAUACUGUUGAACUAC